AAUAUUCCUUUGCAUGAGUUGAACACCGUUCUUAUAUGAAGUGACAUGAUAUCAAUUGUUAUUUAAAAUUUUUCUUUAGGUUAGAUAUAUUUUGUAAAAUAUGCCUUGCAGUAAAUUGGAUAUGUUGUACCGGCGAAUGUUAAUAACGCGAUUCUUCGAGAAAGGGUGGGGAACGCCUGAAAAUUUACUGAGAUUAUUUGAAUUUCGUAAAACAAUUUCACGAAGAGAAUCUUGUUUUAGAUUAAUACCUCGUGACUAUACAGUUGACAUUUUUAAAGAAGAAAAAUAUUCUGAUUGUACCAUAUUAGAAGGAAAAUUUAUGACACCCCUUGAAUUAUAUUUACCCGGAAUUGUUCCAAAACAAGUCCAAAAUGCUUUUUUCCAAGUUAUAUUGCCUAACAAAUGGAUGAAUGAAAAAUAUAAACCUUUGUGUAUACAUUUAGCUGGAACUGGGGAUCAUUUUUAUUGGCGAAGACGAAAUUUGAUUGCUAAACCUUUACUAAAAGAAGCUAAUAUUGGUUCGAUCUUGCUUGAAAAUCCAUUCUAUGGAUUAAGAAAACCUGAUUACCAACAGAGAUCAAAUUUACAUAACGUCUCAGAUAUAUUUGUAAUGGGUGGCUGUUUAAUACUUGAAUGUCUGGUAUUACUACACUGGUGCGAGCGAAAUGGUUUUGGGCCAUUAGGAAUUACUGGGCUGUCGAUGGGCGGUCAUUAUUAA